GAGAGCUCGAGCGGCGGCGGAGGGCGAGGCGAUUCCUGGAGGCGAUUCCCCAUUUCAUGGCGAUUUGGAGCUCAGCCGCCGGAGGAUUUUGACGGCAGCGUCUUCGUUCUCGUCGCCCGCAGCUGCGCCGGUUUAAAUGGGCAAGCUACGGAAAGCUUGUAAUUGGGAUGUCCCUGUAGUUUCAUCUUUAGAUAGUGAUGAUUCUGGAGGUGAAGGAUUUGUGCCUAAUGAUUUUGCAGAAGAUGGUUCUUUCCCUGUGUCUAUGGGAUUAUCUGGUGAUGAAGGAGGGCUUGACAAAGCUCUUCUGAAGUUCUAUCUCAACCGAAAAGUAAAAUGCCUCAAGAGGAAAUUAUCAUCUGCUUCAAGGAGGAAUGUGAGGCAGAAACGCUCUAGUGAUUACCCUACUUGUGCUACUUUCACUAGAUAUUCUGGGAAGUUCUUCUCUGGUGUUGUUGAUGGUCUAUGUUCUAGGUAUCGAGAUGUUGUCCAGAGAUAUGGCAUGGGCUGUCUCUUAGAGUUUGUUAGGACUGAGGUGCCCCUUAGGUUAGUGAAGUGGCUCGCCAGUAGGUUUGAUGUCCUUUCAUCUGAAUUCCAGCUCAAAAAGAAAUUUAUCCCAAUGACCAAGUAUGAUAUUCAUGACAUCCUUGACCUUCCAGUAGAUGGUGAGCCACUUGUGUGUGAUGCUGAAUCUGGCCGUGAUUUUAUCCUCUCUCACUUCAACUUGACCAGUAUUCCUCCCGUGUCCUUCUUUGCCAACAAGCUAAAAUCAACCGAAGUCGAGUUGCCUGAUGAAGAUGUCUUUAUCUGUUUCAUGAUUGUUGCUUUUUCAUCAUUCCUUUGUCCCAACUCUAGCCUCAGUCCUAGCCCAAAGUACCUUCACAUCUUCCGGGAUUGUCCUUCUGUGCGUAACUAUGAUCUGUCAAAAUUUGUUUAUGAGUGGCUGUUGAGUUCCAUAAAAAAGUUCAAGGAUUCCACUAAAGUUGCUUCCAAAAGAUCAGUGACGUUUGGCGGUUGUCACUACGCUUUUGCUGUUUGUUACCUUGACCAACUCAAUUUCGGUCUUCACUCUGUUUCUGAUGUAAAGCCUCGCAUCCUAGCCUGGAGAGGCAACAAAGUUAAGCAAUUUUCAGAGCUUGAUAGAAACAAUAGCCACUCUUUUGGUAAGAGGCCUCUAAAGCAGCUGUGUGCUUCAGUUCAUCCGCAGUCUAUCGACAAAUUUUCAGCAAGCAAGGAUGGUGAUGUUCCCUUUUGCAAUGCCAAACUUUUCGAAAUGAACGUCCAGAAAUCAUUUUGUGCUCGUUUUGGGUUAGAGGCUGCUCAAGUAGUUAUAGACCUUGUUAAAGAUAGGAACAAGGACAAGCCUAAGCUAUUUGUAGAAUGGUCAGAAUCACUUGUAAUUGAUAUUAUUGAUUGCAUAGCAAACUCACCAUUGAUUGCAAAAUCUAUUGCUACACCAAAAUUUUCUCCAAGCGAAUUUCAAUCUCUGAGCAACUUCUCUUUUGGCAAAAAGUCUGUUUCUAUUCAUUCUUUUAUUGCUGAAAGAAACUUUGAAAAUGUUGUCGAAAAGCCGUCUUCCCAAGUUCAGUCCCCAAUCCCCAAUUUGAACGAAGCUUCUAAUUUUGCUGCUGGUGUUAUUUUGGAUGGGGAUUUUGUCAAUCCAGUAGCAUUAUCUAGCUCAUCUCCAGCUCCUAAGAGUGUGGUGAACGAAGCUAAUGUUGAAGGUGCAAUUCCAGUAGCUCCUCUAUCUUGCGCAAAAAGUGCUUCUAUGCUAUAG